AUUACGAACAAAUUUUCCGUCAGAAUUUUAGCAACAGAGAAACAGAAUUCCAGUGGAACUUCCCCGGGGGUUCGCGUGUAAGACAUUAUCCCAUCGAUUACUUCCCUAAAGAAAACAUCUUGCCGUUUCCCUCAAGACAACCCCAUCCCCUGAAUUAUAAACGAAAGGCAUUACCAAGUGAACGAAAGGUAAACGUUUUCAUUUAUGAUUCAGGGGACUCUAGGUGGUUGGAACCCCCAGAGGACGAGUCUCCGUCAGUCGCUCCCUGUCCUUCCAGACAAUUCAAUCGAGAAAAACUCAACGGAAAUGACCACGAGAGCACUUUCCCCGAAUUUUCGAAUUUUCACGAGAUUCGGUGUUUGGCUGCCACCGGAAUGGUCAUCCGGUUGGAGAAGAAUACUGUACCAGACGUACGGCAUCUUCGUCGCUGUGAUGCUCUAUUCGAUGUUCAGCUUCCAAUUCAUCGGGGUAUUUGGAUCCAUCGGGAGGAUCAACGAUCUCGUCGAGUCCCUCUACACUUGUGCAACAGUUUUCAAUUUAGGAUGGAAGAUAUUCAAUCUGUUGAAGAAACGACGAGAAAUUGUCCAACUGCUGUUGCUCCUGGAGGCCGACAUCUGCCAGACGAAAAAUCCAGUGGAGGAGGAGAUCCAGAAGACCUGCAAUCAGCGAAUUUGGAACCGAACGAAAUUCCUGUGCGCCUACUUCGAGACGACGUGUGUCACGAUGAUAUUGACAUCGAUGGUGAAGAAUAUUCCGGAGCGAACUCUACCCUUGAAGGCGUGGGUUCCCUUCAGCUACGACGAUGGCCUCUACUGGCCUGUCUACCUGCACCAGGUAUUGGGGCUGAUAUACGUGGGGAUGAUCCACGCGUCCUACGACACCUUCAUCGUCGGUGUGAUGCUCACCCUCUGCAGUCAAUUAAAAAUCCUGCAGUACAGAAAUUCGGAGAUGUCCCUGUUGACCACGAAAUCCACAGUCGAUCGGAGUACCCUGGAGAAGGAAUUCGUCAUCAGCUCCAUAAAGCAUCACCAGCUCCUGCAACAGUUCGCUGAAUCCUUCAAUAAUAUCAUAGUGUACGUGAUAUUUAUCCAGUACUCGGUGAGCUCUUUCGUGAUCUGUGUAUCAGCUUACAAAUUAGUGAAUCUAGAAGUUGGUGAUCCUGAAUUCACAUUCGCUGUUCUGUACUGCUCCAGCAUGAUCAUCCAGACGUUUUUUUAUUGCUGGUACGGUAACGAAGUGAUCUUAGAGAGCGAGAACAUCGGCAAUUCUCUUUACACCUCCAAGUGGUACUCUCUGAAUGUUGGAACUGUCAGAGAUGUCACGAUGGUCAUCCACAAGAUGCAGUACUCCAUUAAAUUCUCGUGCAGUCGUCUGUGCAUUCUCUCGGUCGAGUCCUUCAAAAACCUCAUGAAAGUGACGUACAGUACAUUCAGCGUUUUAGCGAAAUCGUGAGAUGGAUUUUGGAGAUCACAACCGAUGGAAAUAGUUAUUCGAGAUCGAAGAAAGGAGUCGAGGAAUCCAGUCGGAAUGAUAUACAUCAUUUAAAACAGCAUUUUAGGAUGCAAUCUCUCGUACAAAGCUGUUAACAUCCUGACGAAC